AGAUCAAGUUUAUUUAGCGUAUACAUAAGUACUUCCAAUCAGUCAUUAAUCAUCACACCACAAUUGCCAACUAUUUUUCUCUGCCAAACAACCCCUUAACAUAAGAUGUGAUCGAUCAAUAUAUAUACAACACGAGUUUACGUUAGAACACUACUACAACUUAAAUGAGAUCGAGUGAUAUAUAUAUAAUAUAUAGAUCAAUUUAGUUGUAGGGUUUCUCAUAUUUAUUAAAUAUUCAAAUGAAUUUUUGCCGUUUGCGUUUUCUUGCAGUUCUUUUGGUAUUUGGAGUUCAUGUGGGUGGUGCUGACAACGGGGAUGUGGCUUUCGAUACAAGCUACAAAAUUAUUUGGGGAAACGACCAUGUUUCGUUACUCGAUCAAGGAAGAGAAGCUCAGCUUUCUUUGGACAUUAAUUCUGGGGCUGGCUUUGGAUCCAAGCUACAAUAUGAAUCAGGGUUCUUUAAUAUGAGGAUCAAGCUUGCUAACAAGAACACCGCCGGAGUUGUUACAGCUUUCUAUCUCGCUUCAAGUGGUAAUAGCCAGGACGAGCUAGAUUUCGAGUUCUUGGGGAAUAAAGAAGGCAAACCGAUCAUAUUGCAAACGAACGUGUUUGCGAAUGGGAAAGGAGAUAGAGAGCAAAGAGUUCUUCUUUGGUUCGACCCAUCGGCAGAUUUCCACACUUACAAAAUCCUAUGGAACCAUCGUCUUAUUGCAUUCUAUGUGGACGGCAUUCCAAUAAGAGUGUUCAAGAACAACACGAAAAUCGGGGUUAAGUACCCAACGAAAGCAAUGGAAGUACACGUCAGCAUAUUUAACGGAGACGACUGGGCGACAGACGGCGGGCAGACAAAGAUCAACUGGACCUCUUCACCGUUCACAGCACGUUUUCAGGGUUUUAACGUUGACGGAUGCCCGUUAUCUCAAGUAUCCUCGACAAAUAGUCGUAACAAUUGCUAUGCCUCUAAAUAUUGGUGGAAUAAAAGAAAAUAUUGGAAUUUAGAUAGAAAUCAGAUAAAGGAAUAUCAGAAUGUGAGAGAAAAAUAUAUGAAUUAUGAUUAUUGUACUGAUAAGGCUAGGUACCCUGUUACUCCCCCUGAAUGUGCAUCUAAUCAAUAUAUUACUAUAUAAUAUAUUAUUAUUAUUAUAAAUAAAUUAAUAAAUUUAAGAUGUCUACAGGGUUACAAUU